GCCCCGGGCUCCCGCGCUGCCGGCGGAGCCCCCCCCCCAGCCCGCCCCCCCCGGCCCUGCCGCCUCCUCUAGGCCGGUGGGAUGAAUGACGGACGGUGCUGAACGCUGCUUUGACUGAAGCACUUGGUGUUGGCUUAUUCCUGCUAGCUAUUAGUCUUUUUUUGUCGGAACACCACACGUUAAUUUUUAAGUAAAACCGAUGUGGCACAUAAAGCACGGUAGAAAUACAUUGCUCUUAAAGUCUUUUUGGUCAGAGUAAGUAAUGGUCUGACAGGCAUUGUCUGUAUUUCCAAACACCUGUAUAUGCACGUAAAAAGUAGAAAGGAAGCUGUUUUUUCUCUGUGGCUAGUGAAGAAAUGCAGCAGACUGGUAAGGGGCCUAAUGUAUGUACUGGCUGGGCAGCGACCAAGUUAAAAAGCGCCAUGCAGCGAUGCGCUGGUCCCAGACCCCGGGUGCCGGGCAGGGCCGGGCGGAGCGCGGCCGGCGCUGGGGGCUCGGCCGCGGGGCGUGGGGUGACGCGAGGCUUCCCCCGGGCAGGAGGAAGGCAUGGUGCCCUCACCGACACCCCCGCGCUAGCCGAGCCGCCAACAUGUCUCGGGAGACUGGAGGUGAAGCUCAGCAGUCUCAAGGUGCUCAGCAGGCUCAAGGUGCUCCACAGUCGCAGGGUGCUACCAGCUCCACUUCCAGUGGGUCGCAGAGCACCAGUCAGUCUUCCUUCAGCUCCGGGACCCUCAGUUCUUUGGACACCGUUCCCACUCAGGAGCUCCCAUCAAUUCCUGAGGAUCAGGAAUCUGAAGAGCUGGUUCCUCAGCCUUGGGGUCGCCUCUUUGCACUUGGAAAAGGUUUCAGCAACUGUGACUGCGUGAAUGAUGAGUACUGGUUUGGAAGAGACAAAAGCUGUGAUUAUAGUUUUUCUAAACUAGGAUUGUCUGAGACUGGCUUUUACCAAAACUAUAGUAAGAAGCACUUCCGAAUUUUCAGGGAAACGGGUCCAAAAAAUUCCUAUGUUGCCUACAUUGAAGACCACAGUGCAAAUGGAACUUUCAUUAACAGAGAGCUCAUUGGGAAAGGGAAGAGGCUUCCACUGACUCACAACUCUGAAAUUGCACUAUCUGUACAGACUAAUAAGGUGUUUGUAUUUUCUGAUCUUACGGUGGAUGAUCAGUUGGGGUUUCCUAGAGAAUUCAGAGAGAAAUAUAUCAUGUCAAAGACUUUGGGAAGUGGCGCCUGUGGAGAAGUUAAACUGGCAUUUGAGAAAAGUACCUGUAACAAGGUUGCAGUAAAGAUAAUCAAUAAACGGAAGUUUAUGGCAAGUGGUAUUAGAGAGGCAAACCCAGCUUUUAAUAUCAACACAGAAAUCGAGAUUUUGAAGAAAAUAGAUCAUCCUUGCUUAAUCAAGAUCAAAAACUUCUAUGAAGCAGAGGAUUACUACAUUGUUUUGGAACUAAUGGAAGGAGGAGAGUUGUAUGAUAGAGUGUCAAGACCAAUCAAGAUGAAAGAAGCUACUUGCAAGUUGUAUUUUUAUCAGAUGCUUCUGGCUGUAAAGUACCUUCAUGAUAAUGGAAUUAUUCACCGAGAUCUAAAGCCAGAGAAUGUGCUACUUUCAUCUUCUGAAGAAACAUGUCUUAUAAAGAUUACAGAUUUUGGACAAUCCAAGAUUCUUGGAGAAACUUCUCUUAUGAAAACAUUAUGUGGUACUCCCACAUAUCUUGCUCCUGAAGUUCUAAAUUCACUUGGGACUGCUGGAUACAGCCGAGCCGUGGACUGUUGGAGUUUAGGAGUUAUUCUUUUUGUAUGCUUGUGUGGAUAUCCACCAUUUAAUGAGCAGAAUACUCAACUAUCUCUGAAAGACCAAAUCACCCGUGGAGAAUACACAUUUAUUUCAAAAGAAUGGAAGCAUGUAACAGACAUGGCUCUGGAUCUUGUGAAGAAGCUGCUAGUAGUGGAUCCAAGCAAACGUCUGACAACAGAGGAAGCCUUAGAGCAUCCCUGGCUUCAGGUGAUGUACACUGCCUGCUUGGAAGGCCAACAUCCAAUACGUUCAGUUCUAGAUAUCACACAUCUUGAAUACUACCACCAAAAGAGCUACUUGAGUGCUGUUACUGAUGAGGAUAUGAAGAGUACAUUUGAACAUUUACUUGCUCAAGCAAGUGCCACUAUGAAUCCACCACAAACAUCAAAAAUGCCAACCACAACGAGAAAGCGUCUCCAUGAAAUUGAGGAAGAAUCUGGCUCUUCUAAGCGUGCUGUUCCUUCUACGUCAUUUCAGAAAAUGAGGAUGGAUUGAGUAAGAAGCAGCAUAACAAAUGAUGUAACGGAGCUGGAUAAGAAGUUCCUUUUCCUGCAAGAGAAGAACAAGGAAUGGAACUGAGAGACUACCCAUAUUUAAUUUGCUGUCUGAUAAGUGAAAAAGUUUUUGGACUAUGUACUUAUUACUACAGGGCAUUAAUUCCACUGUUUACUGAGAGUCAGGGAGGAAUUUAGUAACUUUGUUCUAAAACAUGCAUUUUCUGGUUAGAGGCAUUUAGUAUAAAUGGAUUUGUAAAGAAAAAAGACUAAAGCAUUAUGAAAUAAACUAGUGACAAGUUUAAGAUAA